UGAAACUUUAAAAAGUUGAACGCAAUAGCUCCUCUAAUUAAGAGCAUGUUCACCUAACUCAUAGAUCUAGGUAACAUAUGUUGUAGAAGUGGGGCUACUGCUAUUGUCAUUCCUGCUCGUAGCCAACCCUAACAGAAGCUCAACCUUACCUCGUCAUUUUUCGUAAACAACACUCGAUCACAAUACCAACCAAACAAAUCACUUUCCUCGAGAAAAUUGCUUUUGGAGCUACAAAGAGAAUACACGACGAUCAAUGACGGAGAAUUGAUCCCCAUCGUAAUGUUGCCACCAGCCUAACCGUUGAGCUUCGCUCUAGCUUUGACUUGCAUUCAACAAGGCCGAAACAAAGCCCAUUCCCCACAGCCAACCCUGCCGCUCGAACCCUGUUUGACACUCGCUUCUCACUCACGAACUCUUUUACACCCAUUUUUGCGCCUCGAUCUUUCACAUCACGAUCGAGAUUCAACCAUAAUCGCGCGAUUCAUCAUGGAUCCAGAAACCCAGAAAGAUGAAGAGCAGGCGCCCAUAUACACCAUUCCUUCAAGGCGACUCGGUGCUCUUGAGCACCCAAUGAUCAUAAAAAAUCUCGACAAAGGCAUCAAGACCUUGGGUCAGAACAAUGCUUUCCAAGCCAUUCUCGACUCGGCCAGUCCCCAAAUCUCUGUGCCUCUCUACCUCAGACCAGAUAAUCCCACCGCCCGCCCUCUCACCUCCCACAACGCCCUCACCCACAAUGUCGUCCUCAAGGUCACAGUCCCUAAGCGAACAGGUCGCAAGCGCAAAAGAGGAACCGACGAUCCCUGGGAAGGUGAAGUCCUCCCUCCAUCCGACUCGUCAGAGGUCCUCUCCCGCGAUCGACUGGACCACCCAGCCAUCAUCCGCCGCAAACUGCAAGAUAAUCCCACGACCUACACCGUCACCCCAGUCGGCAUAAUCAACAACACCCACCGCUAUCGCGGCCUCGCCGACUUUCAGUACUCCCUCUCUCACUCUAAGUUCAUGAACAAGUUCGUCUCCAACGUCUUGCCGGGUGACAUCAACAAACUCAAGAACUUCUCUUUGGCUCCCGGGAUUGAAAUAGGCAAAGACAUCGAUUUGAUCCCACCCCCUUAUUUCACCCCAAUGUCGCUGCCUUUUAGUUAUGGGUACAACCAAAACCCCCACACAAAGGAACUCGCCUCUGGUGGCUCGAAACUCGUCCCAGACGGGGUAGACGACAACUCUGACGAGGACGAUGAAUACGCCCGUGUGGUCAACGUCACAGCCCGCGGCCCAGCAGCGGGUUACUUCAUCGCCCAGGAUGAAUACCCUGUGCCCACGGCACCCAAAAAACAACCCGAUAUGACGGACCCCCAAAUCGCCGCGAUUAUUAAUGAAAUGUGUGCUGCCAUGGAGGAGAGACCAAUCUGGACACGCAGGUCGAUGUGGAAUCGGCUUGGUGCCAAAUUCGCGGAACUACCCAAGAAUGGCGGGCUGGUGAGGCAUUGUCUGCAGUUUGCGGGGUAUCAGUUCAAGGGGGGCCCGUGGAGGGAUGCGCUGGUGAAGUACGGCUUGGAUCCGAGAUCUGACCCCAAGUAUAGGGUGUAUCAGACUUUGAUAUUCAAGCUGCACAAGACGAGAAUUGGGAGCGUGGGACGGAGCUGGCAGGCGGUGAGGAGGAAUGAGAUUUCGGUGACGAAUUUUGGGAGGUACUGGAGGGAGUUGGGGGUGGGCAAUGGGGCUCCGAGGAUGGGUGGGAGGGUGGAUGAGGCGUUGUUGAGGACGCAUGUGUUUGACGGGGAGAGUUUCAGCACGGAUGGGAAGGUGUGGCAGGUGAUUGAUAUUACUGACCCGCUGCUGAAGAGCUUGUUUGAGGGGGCCGAGGUGAGGCAGGUUUGUGAUAAUGAGGUUAGUGGCUUCUAUCACCGGGUUUUGUGGUCGGUGGCGAAGGCGAUUAUGAAGACGAAGAUGUUGGCGGUGAGGUUCAACCGGGAGUUGAGGGAUGAGGACUUUUCGGCGGCGUUGGAGGCGGUUAGGGGCCCUGAAAACGGCGGCGAUGGGGGUGGGGGUAGGAGUAUUGGGAUCAGUUUGCCGGAUUUGAACCUGAGCCCGGAGGAGUGUGAGCAGUUGAGGGGGCACAAGAUGAGGCCGGGGGUGAAGCAGGGGACGAAGAGGGAUCGGUGGGCGGAGAAGAAGAAGAAGACGCAUUAUCGGGUGAGGAUCCCGUUGAAGGAUGUGGAGGAGAAGGAGGCGAGGAAGAUGAUUUGGUUGUUGACUAGGCAUGAGAAGAAAUCGGAGGACGAAGGGGGGGUUAUUGACCCCGCUUUGGCUGGGGUUGGGGUCGAGGUUGUGGGGGGUAAGGAGAGUUCUGCUUCCACGGCUGACAAGGAGAUACAAAAAGUUGCAGAGAAACCAGACGGUGUUAUGCCGAGCAUCGAGGGCGCUGGCGAAGAGGAAGAAGAUGAUGAUGAAGACGGUGUACUCCAAGACAUCCUCGACGACAUGGAAGAAGACGAGGAAGGCAGUAGCACCAGUGACAGUGAAGAGGAAGAAAACGAAGGCGAAGAAGAAGAAGAGAGUCUUGACUCGGAGGAAGACUUGGAAGAGGAUGAAGAAGAAGACGAGGAAGAAGAGGUCGAGGAAUUCGACAGUCAACAGGUGGAUCAGAACCGCGGUAUGGCUAUACCCACCAGCAAAAAGACUGUCACUUUUGAAGACGGACUUGGUGUGGUACAAGAGGAAUUUGACUAUGAUGAGAUGGAGGAAGAGGUUGAUUACGAUGAACAGGAGGAGGGCUACGGGGAUGGCGAAGAGUUCGGGGGUUAUGAUGAGGAUGAGGAAGGGUACUAUGAUGAUGACGAAGAUGGGUAUCCAGAGGACGAGUACUAUGAUGAGGGCGGGGUGGAUCGUGCUGAUGAACCACAGCACUGAGCCGGUGGUCUACAUGAGACAGUGUAUAUAUCACAGCACAACUCAUGUAUAUGUACCUUGUAAUGAAGCAUACAUAUCAGUAUGACCCAACUGCCAACUCUGCCCAUGAUGGCCUAAAAAGAAGCAAA